CUUUUGAAUUGUCGUAGGUAGGUACUAUCGUGCACGGCUAUGUGUGGUUUCGCAAGCAACUGUGACGAAUAUAAAUGUAACAUUUGACUAUUCGGCAAAGUUUAAAAAAGUGAAGAAGUCAUUAGAUGAUAACAGUGUCGUUGUCCUGUGCUCACUACAUUAUAUUCAGAGCCAAACAAUGUGGGGUGAUGGGUCUGAGUAUAUGUAUGUCGCUUCCAAAUGCACUUUGGGAGUAAAACGACGCUAAAAAAUGAGGAAUAAGUCAUAGAAAGAAUUGUAUUAUGGCACUGUGUAUAUUUAAGUUUUAAAUUUAGCCAUUGGCUUUCUUCAUUUCGCAUACUUUCUCAUUGUAGCGAAUACUUGACGGCGUCCUACAAUAUGGCGCAUAAACAUCCGUCCACGCCAGUUUAUAUGAAGGAUGGUCCUUGCAGUAAACGACUGGCAGUAGAAGAGAUAGAAAAUGUGGAACCCCUCCUUCAGCAAUCGCACUCAUCUAGUGAAGUAAUGAGGCAUGUCAAGAAAAAAUUUCACAAUGACGUCAAAAAUAUAGGAUACCCUAUUAAUGAAGGAAUGUCGAGUCGUAAUGAUAUCUUUCAGUUUCUGAAAUCCCGUGGGAGGUUGGCUAAGUAUUAUUCAAAGAAACACAACCGGAAUUCACUAAGGAGAGUUUGUUUUUCGACAUAUGAGCAAAUAGAGUUGUAUAAGCGGUUCCCGGAGGUUGUAAGAAUCGAUUGCACACACAACACGAAUAAGGAGAAGUAAGUUCACUCAUUCAGUUAUAAACCUGCAGGUAUUCUUUGUUCCAGUUGGUUAUAAUGGAUAACUUUGGUCGUGGCCGUCCAGUCCUAUUUGCUUGGACUAAAAAGGAACUUAAACGCGAUAUGAUUUGGAUUCUUGUCGUAUUCCGUCAAAUAAUGGGAGGUACUUCCCGAACGGAGACUUUCAUCGUGGACUGUGCUCCGUCAAAAAUUACUGCAGUCAAGGUGACGCACCGGCAAGCACACAUUGUACUGUGCCCUUUUCACGUUUGCCGUGCAUUCAGUAAGAAAACUAGAAAUCCUCUUGUGAAGAACUACUUAUGUCGCUUAGUUCAUUGCGAAUGGAGGGCAGAAUUUAAUUUCUAUUUCAGAAUUAUAAGCAGACUGGAUGUUAGUGUCAGUCAAUACAUACAACGGCGUUGGAUGAGUCAAAGACAUUUGUGGGCAAGAGCUUUCAAUGGCCAUGUGCUGACUUUUGGUUAUAUUACUGAUAACAGAGGUAAAAAUUCCCACAAACAAAUAAAGCGUUAUCUGCAAAGAUCAGAUAGUUUGCACGAAAGUAUGUUGAAGGUGUAUAACUGUUGUCAGCAAAGUUCUUCAAAAAUACACCAAGAGGCAAUGAGUACACGGUCACGUGAUUCAUAUUCACUUCCAAGCACGUCUGAAUUCAUCCUAAAUAAUCCACGUCAGGCAUUUUCCGCUUACUGUAGGCUUAUAAAUAUUUACUUGGAGAAAAUUCGAGUGAAGUUUGGAGAAAGGUUUGCUGCCGAUUAUGCAGGAGCAGUGAACGCAGACAUCGAACGUAUUCUUAAUAUUAAAUAAAUUAAUUUUAUCAGAAUAAAAACAAACGAAUCC